GCCCCGGUCCAUAUUUUCUUAGGUGAAUAAUUGCGUAGGUUAAGCAAUACCAUGAGCACCUGUAAAAACCAAUAAAAAAUGUGUCCAUUUUUUGAUCUGUAAAGAGAAGGUUAACAACCAUGUGAAACCAUACCAUGAAGUUGAUACCAUUAUUUACCUCCCUCUUUUUUUUUGCAACAACAUAUAGAUGGUCAUAUUUAGAAUAACAUGUAUUGGUGUUUUAUUAAUAUUUUUUUCCGAAAACUCGUAUGGGACUCACACAAUGUGGUACACAACAUGGUAUACUGCAACUACCGAAAUCAUUGAUACACAAUCAAUCCAUUCUUCUGUACAAGUCCUGAAAUUCCAAUUCGUAACUCUAGGAUCAAAACACCAGGAUUAACUUUUUUUGUUUACAUCUUGAUUUGAUUUUCAGCUACAAAAGAUGACAAAAUCUGAUAAAUUUAGAGAUUUGGAAAUAUGCGCACUCAGAUGCACACGUUAGUCAUUUUUGUGUAGCUCAUAUCAGAAUAGGAAGUAUUGAAAUCGAAAAUAUCAAAAGGACCUGGGUGCGCGCGCACCCAGACCCAGUUAUAAAAAAUUCAAAGUAAUGUUAUUUUAAAGUUUUAGAAAAAUUUGAAAAAUGCACGCAUGUAUAUAUUAAAUAUGAUUAUACGUAACCUACACAAAAAUGAGAAAAUAGAAGUUUCUAUUUCUGUGAAUAGUAUAAAUCCAAACAUUAUAGUGUCAUUUGGACAUUUUGUGGACAGGGGAGUAAUGAACCUAGUUGUUCAUAGUGCUCACGGUGCUUUAUUCUUGAACUCGAUUGAUUGCUCGGCUGUCAAAAAAGAUGGCAGAUAUAUCUUUGAGCUUGUUGAUCAGUGCAUUGAAGAUAUAGGGGCUGAAAAGGUUAUACAAGUGGUGACUGACAAUGCUAGUGUCAAUAUAGCAGCAGCAAAUCUAUUAAAAGCAAAGAGACCCUCCAUAUUUUGGAAUGGAUGUGCAGCCCACACAAUUGAUCUCAUGUUGGAGGACAUAGGGAAUCUUCCAGAGGUUGACAAAACAAUUACCCAAGCAAGGCUAGUGACUGUGUUCUUGUAUGCUCAUAUAAGGGUGUUGGCUUUGAUGAGGAGUGUCCUUAAGAAAGACCUUGUGCGCUCGGGUGUUACAAGGUUUGCCACAGCUUAUCUCAAUCUAAAAAGCUUGCAAGAUAACAAGAAUGGGCUGCAAAAACUAUUCAGAUCAGAUGAGCUACAUGAGAUGGGCUACUUAAAGAAGGACAAAGGGGACAAAGCUAACAAAGUGGUGAAAUCUGAAGCCUUCUGGAAACAUGUUGAUAUUUCUGUCGAUUUCUUUGAGCCAAUGGCCAAUGUGUUAAGAAGAAUGGAUAGUGAUGUGCCAGCAAUGGGAUUCUUCUAUGGUAGCAUGUUAGAUGCAAAACAAGAAAUUUUGUUGAGGUUCGACAAUGAUGAGAGCCGCUGCAAAUCUGUUUUGGAUAUCAUCGACAAACGUUGGGACAACAAGCUGAAGAAGCCUCUACAUUUGGCUGGUUACUUUUUGAACCCCUACUACUACUAUCCAAACAAGGUUCAGAUUGAAAAAGAAGGAAAAUUUAGAGCAGCCGUGAUCACGUGCAUUACGACAAUGAUUCAGGAAGAUGACGAACAAGAUGCGAUGAUUGAAGAACUCAAGACAUAUCGAGCUGGGAAGGAGUCUUUUGGAACUGACAUUGCCACAAGACAGAGGAAGAACAAAAACUUUGAUCCAGCAACAUGGUGGCUGAAUCAUGGAACAAGCUCACCAAACUUGAAGAAUUUGGCUGUAAAGAUUCUUAGUCUGACAUGCAGCUCAUCUGCUUGUGAGAGAAAUUUUUCAGCAUUUGAACAUGUCCAUACAAAGAAGCGCAGUAGGCUACUUAGUGAUAGGCUUAGAGACCUUGUCUUUGUCAAAGUCAACUCAAGGAUGAUUGAUAGGAGAGAGAACAAGAUAAGAGACCCCAUAGAGAAGAUAGUUGAGGAUGUUCUGGACGAUGAUGAGAACGAAUUCAUUACUGGGAUUGUCCCUGAAGCCAUUGUUCAAGUCGAACAAGAACAACGUGAUAUUGAAAAUCAGCAACCAGAAGCAUCGACGUCGCAAGCCCACCGAAAGAGACAUGCACACAUUAGGAAGAAGAGGAAGAAGAGCAUCCAUUCUUUGCUUAAUUCUGUCCAAGAAGACGCUGUACUUUCUGAUUCUACCAAUUCUUCAUCAUCGGAAUCAGAAGGUAAUCAUGACGACAAGCUCUCUGAUGCUUCAGAUGACUCGGAGUGAUCGCAGGCAUGUCUUGUUGGUUAUGUAAAGUUGCUAUUGCUUGCUGUGAACUUGCUGUAGCUCUGUUGUUGCUACGUAAUUUGUGGACAAAACUAGGUCCUUAAAUUUCUGUUGCUACAUGCUACUUGCUUUUGUUGGUUAUGUAAUAUUGGACAGAACUAUGUCUUAAAUUGUUGCUACUUGUAAUGUUAUAAUAUGUAGACAGAACUACGUCUUAUUUCUUUGUGCCUCUUAUGUAAUUGUGUUAAUAUGCUA